AAGAGGACAAUCGCACUUGGGGAUUUGUAAAGCAGAGAAGUAGUUCUUCUGAAUCUCGUAAAAAACAGAAAAAAUGCAGUCGCUAAUAGGUCUGCUGCUAGUCGUCUGUCUACAGUAUGCUAGUGGUGCAACCCACAGCUGGAAAGCCUAUUACACUGGAACAACUGGGUUGACUGAGUUUCCAGAGUUUGUGGCACUGAAUCUCAUAGAUGAUCAGUUGAUGGGGUACUUCGACAGCAAGACCAACCGCUUUAAGAGCCAAUUCCAGUGGAUGGAAGAUAAUCUCGGGAAAGAAUAUGAUGAGCAACAAACUAACAUUCUACUGGGCUAUCCUGAAGUAUUCAAGAACAACAUUAAAGUUGUGAUGGAGCGCUUCAACCAAACACAAGGUGUUCACACCUUCCAGUUCAUGUACGGCUGUGAGAUGGAUGAUGAUGGCAACAAACAAGUACAUUGGCAGAUUGGCUAUGAUGGAGAGGACUUCAUCAGUUUGGAUAAAAAAACGCUCACCUGGACUGCUGCUAAUUCUCAAGCUAUGACUACCAAGGUUAAAUGGGAUUCCACUGGAGCAGAGGCAAAUUACUGGAAAGGAUAUCUGGAGAAUGAAUGCAUUGAGUGGGUGCAGAAGUAUGUGGGCUAUGGGAAGGACACUUUGGAGAGAAAAGUCUCUCCUCAGGUGUCUCUGCUGCAGAAAUCUUCUUCUUCUCCAGUCGUGUGUCAUGUUACAGGCUUUUACCCCAGUGGUUUAAAGAUCUCCUGGCAGAGAAACGGACAAGAUCAUGAUGAGGAUGUGGAGCUUGGUGAACUUAUCCCAAAUGAGGACGGAACCUACCAGAGAACGAGCACUCUGAAUGUUAAACCUGAAGAGUGGAAGAAGGACAAGUUCAGCUGUGUGGUGGAGCAUCAGAGCAAAACUAUCAACAGUAUUCUCACUGAAGACGAAAUCAGAACUAACAAUCCUACUGCCCCCCUUGGCAUCAUAAUUGGCAUUGUAGUCGCAGCUGUUCUGCUGGUAGCCAUUGCUGUUGCUGGGUUUGUGGUCUAUCGAAGACACAAAGGAUUUAAGCCUGUUCCCCAAAACACAUCUGAUGGGGGAUCAGACAACUCAUCUCGUACAUAAAGAUAUAAGUGUGGACCAGAUGAAUGCAAGAGAUGAAGCUGAAGAAAAAAAGUGACAUCCAUCCUUCUCCUGCUGUCCAUCUUGCAUUGGAAGCUGCAUAAACAUGUAGAACAUGUAGACAAAUUUAUCACGGAUUAAUCUUUUGGGAUUCACUUUCUAAAAAGUUAAUUUUCUUCACACUUUCUGUUCAUCUUUAGUUUUGAGAAACAUGGCAAUGAUUACCAAACCAAAAUUACAGAUAUAUAUUUUUAUUUUGAGACUAUGAAGAAUGCAAGAUUGCAAAUUAUUGAUUUGGAUGAUUUGUAAAAACCUUUUUCAUGUGUUUUAAAGAGAUUUUCUUGGGGUAAAAGGGGGAAAAGCUGCUUACAUGUAAUUGAAAAUGCUGUAUUGUGCUUACCUGCUUCAACAUUUAAAUAAUUUUAAAAUGAUAUAUUGAUCACAUUUAGUAGACCUUUUCCAUCAGUUACAUCAGAUGACAUGAUGUAUUUGCUUUUUUAUUUCUUGUAGAGGUUAAUAGGUUUAUUCUUCUUGCUGUUUGUUUCCUUCAUUUUUGUUUCAAAUGUUUUGAGGUGAAAUGCUGUACUGCAUAAUAAUAGAUUAUUUUUAAACAAUUGUAAAUAUUGAACUAAACUUAAAUGUGUGAACAGUAUAACACAAAAUAGAAUUGUUUCUUGUGGUUUGAGGUAUCUACGUUUAAAUUAAGUCAGGCUUACAUAAAUAUUUGUUUAUAAGGGUUAACUUGUCAUGUGCUUUUGAUUCUUUUAAAAUAAAUAAACCUCACAAAAGA